UUAUAUGUCCUCUUUGAACAUGCCUCUGGAUAUGGCCUAUUCAGAGUGCGUGAAUUUGAAGAAGUUUCCAUGUUAUUGCCUCAAGUUGAAGCCAGUGUUACAGAUGUCAGUAAAUUUAAUUCUGUGGUGAAGCUAGUUGCAUUUUCACCAUUCAAAAGUGGAACUAAUGCCUUAGAUAAUAUGAACAGUGUUUCUGAAGGUAUUUUACAUGAUGACUUACGAGUGUUCAUUGAAACAAAUGUACCAAAAUCUACAAAGAAAGAAAAGGUUAUAUUGGGUGUAGGCGAUUCUAGAAUUGGUGCUGCUAUUUCAGAAGAUUUAUCUGUAAAAUGUCAGCAAGUUGGAGUUGUUCAAGAGUUGUUGAGAGGAAUAAGAGUUCACUUUGCAAAGCUUGUAAAAGGAUUGACAGAAAAGUCUGCUGGAAAGGCUCAACUUGGUUUAGGUCAUAGUUAUUCUCGAGCUAAAGUAAAGUUUAAUGUAAAUAGAGUUGAUAAUAUGAUUAUACAGAGUAUAAGUUUAUUAGAUCAGUUAGAUAAAGAUGUCAACACAUUCUCUAUGAGAAUAAGAGAAUGGUAUUCCUAUCAUUUCCCAGAGUUGGCUAGAAUUGUCACAGAUCAUUUUAAAUAUGCUAGAUUAGCUAAAUUAAUCAAAAAUCGUAAAGAAUUGACUAGGGAGCUUGAAGAUGAAAUAGAAGAGAUCACCAUAGAUAGUUCUGUUACAAAGUCUAUAUAUGAUGCUGCCAAGUCUUCAAUGGGAAUGGAUAUUUCACCAAUUGAUCUAUUAAAUAUUGAAAUGUUUGCUACAAGAGUAAUUGGUUUAUCCGAGUACAGAAAGAACCUAUCAGAAUAUUUACAGACUAAGAUGCAGCAAGUUGCUCCAAACUUAGCAACACUGAUAGGAGAUCAGAUUGGUGCUCGUUUGAUAGCUCAUUCUGGUAGUUUAACUAAUUUAGCUAAAUAUCCAGCAUCAACAGUUCAGAUCCUUGGGGCUGAAAAGGCUUUGUUUAGGGCUCUAAAGACAAGAGGAAACACACCAAAGUAUGGUUUAAUCUUCCAUUCCACAUUUAUUGGUAGAGCUUUAGCUAGAAACAAGGGUAGAAUUUCUAGAUAUUUGGCUAAUAAAUGUUCUAUAGCUUCUAGAAUAGACUGUUUUGCAGAAUAUCCAACAGCUGUGUUUGGUGAACAUUUAAAACAACAAGUUGAAGAUAGAUUAAAAUUCUAUGAAAGUGGUGAUGUUCCAACUAAAAAUGUUGAUGUUAUGAAAAUAGCUGUAGGAGAGGCUGAAGUUGUUCAGAAAAAAUUGGCCAAAAAAGAAAAGAAGAGAAAAAGAAAGGCUGCUGAGUUAGAAGCAACUUUAGAAACGACUAUGGAAACAACCAUGGAAGAAGAAACAGAAGAACCCAUCAAGAAGAAGAAAAAGAAGAAGAAGAAGAGUAAGGAAGAAAGUGAAGAGGAAGAAAUGGAAACAAGUGUUGCUAUGGAUACCACAGCAGAAUUAGAAGAUACACCAUCUAAAAAACCCAAAAAGAAGAAGAAAAAGAAGAAUGCAGACUAA